AUGGCGUCUGCAUCCACAUCACACAGCACUGGCGAACCAGGGCCUUCUCUUCCCGAAGCAUCGUCCCACCAGCUGUCCAAGCGGCUACAAUACGACGCAUUGCUCGACGCAGAAGCAGGGACCUCCUCGGGAUCAACAUCGCUCGGCUCCCCCGCAGCGCAUCCCUCCUACCCGGCAGUAGCCCCCUUGUGUCGACAGUACCCGACCCAGGCGUCCGCCAUCUUCCAGACCUAUCUCGACCUCAAGAACGGCGCUGCUGCAUGGGAUGUUGUCGAGCCCCUUGCGCUCUCUUCUCAUCCACAAAGCGCGGUAGGACAGAAGACGGUGAAGGGAAGUGAUCUGAGUGGGAUCAGCGAUGCAGAAGCAGAGGCGCUGAUCGAGCAGCGGCUGCAGGCGUUGCAUGCGGGGACGGGCCGGCUUGGGGUCGUGGGUGCGGGGUCAGGGCAGGAUGACGCAGAGGAGCUGUUGGAGAACGGCCUGGCGGCGAUCCAGGGUCGGCGUAAGGAUGCUAAGUCGUACGAAAUCGUCAUCCCGCUCACCAUCACUCAACACCUUCGACCUGCGCAACUCAACGCCAUCUUCAGCCUCAUCGAAGCGCACGCUGCCAGCUGUGCCCCGGGCCUCGACAUCGACACGGCGCACGUCCUCUUGGCCAUCAUCGCGCCGGACUCAACGCUUGUCUACUACGUCGUCUCCCAGGGCAUGGUCAAGCCGGUCAACUGA